AUGGCUGCAAAGGUCCCGCAGCAAAAGAUCACUAUAACGGAAGCAGAUGCUGCGGCUGGUGUAGAAGAGGAUAAUUUUCAUGAAAUGAGAAACAAAGUUUUGUCAUCGUUGCAACUACAACACCCUAUCGUUUUUUAUCAAUAUAAUGUAUGUGAUAUGGUGAAAAGUAGUACUCUGAAAAAAUUGAAAAUGGAUAUGCUUCAACGCCUAUGCGAAGAACUUACCCUCGAUGUUCCAGAAAUGUCUGGCAAGAAGAAGAACACAAAAUUACCUUACAUCAAGCUCCUAGAAAGUGCUGUUUCCGGAUGCUCCUGUAACACUGGCUGA